CAUAAGGGCCAAUUAAAAUUAUCCUUUAUAACUGAAACUCACAGAAAAAUAUUCAAUAGUUUGCACUACAACUUCACCAUUUUAGAACAUCAUUAAUUAGAAAAUGAUGCAAUUCAUAUGUAAUUAAUAAUCCUGUGAUAUGUUUUUUGUGAAUGAAGCAUGUUGAAAUUUCUCUUCUUCAUAAUCAUAAAAGGCACAGGUAACAGGAAUUACGAACUGGUUUUAAAUGAUUUUUAAUGCCUUUUUUCAGUCAAUAUCCACCUGUGUUAUACCCUGUCGUUGAAUCAUUAUUAUGGUAUGGAAAGGUUUUCUGUUUGUGAAGAUGUGGAAUAUUUUAAGUGACACAGUUUAUAUACAUACAGUGCAUUGACAUAUUGAGAAAAUUAAUAGCCUAAAAUUUGAUGGCAACAAGUGCUUAAACUUGUUUUGUUAAAAUGUCAAUUUUAUAUGCUGACCAUGUGCACAUAAAAAGUGACAAAUAUUCAUCGUACCUUUUAGUUGCAAAGUCAGUUAAGCAGUUAUAUGUACGUCUCAAAGCUUGUUGUUUUUGUAAAGAAGGUGAUGUUGGAUCUGAAUCACCUUAAGUUGAUUUUUUUUGCAAAAAAAAGAUUCAUUGACAACUAAUCUUCAAGAAAUAUCUCGAUUUGAUUGAUCCGCAAAAAUUAAUCUUUGGGAAAUAAGUCCUUAUGGAAAUUGGGGUCAAUAUCCAGAUGUGAACUAUGAUUUUGAAAUUUUACAUAAAAUUUUAUGCAGAAUUUUAUUUUUAUGAAAAGAUGUAUAAAUCACAUGUAUGCCAUCAGGUAAAAGAGUGGAUACAUUGCCGAAAACUGCUAUCAAAUCAUGGAAGAUUCUUUUCACCUUUUUGUUGCAAAAUACACAAUCAAAACAAUAUUAUAAAACCUGAAAAGCAUGUGGAAAUCCCAAAAGAAGAUCUCUUCACGUUUUUCUUGAGGAGAACAGAAGGAUAUGCUGACAGAGUCGCCAUGGUUGAUUGUAUUUCUGGUGACCAGAUGACAUUUAGAGAGCUUACCAAGAGAUCUAAACAGGUCUCAUCAUUCUUUCAAGAAAAAGGCUACCAGCGAACUGACCAUGUUACAAUUCACGUUCCAAACUGCAUCAACUAUCCCGCAGUAAUGCUGGGAACACAAGCGAGUGGUAUGGUAUUCACAACAGCAAAUCCUUAUGCCACUGAAAAUGAAUUAAAUACUCAACUUAAGUAUUCCGAAAGUAAAGUUUUGUUUACAAAUAAAAGCUUGCUUAAUUCAGCCAGAAAAGCUGUUGAAAGUACAGAUGUGAAUUAUCUUGUGUUGAUGGACGAUGCAUCUUGCAGUGAUAGUGGGGUCCUGUGUUUAUCAGACAUUUUAGAAAAUCGAGAAUAUAGAAAUCAAAGAAACAACGUUUACAUUGAUCCAGCCAAUGAUAUUGCUGCAAUGCUCUACUCAAGUGGUUCCACAGGCGUCCCUAAAGGAGUUUUAAUAAGUCACCGUAGUAUGGUAGCUAAUGUGUUGCAAGUACUUGAUGAUAAAACGUAUAAAUUUCAAACUGAUAUCUUGUGUGUGCUACCAAUGUUUCAUGUUUAUGCUCUUCAGUAUGUGAUGUUCACUCAUUUAUGUGGAGGGUAUACCAUCCAUACGCUGCCUUCGUUUACUCCAGAGACGUUUUUAUCGGCAAUAGAACAAUACACAAUCCAAAAACUUCCCAUUGUGCCACCCUUGGCCUUGUUUUUGUUGAACCAUCCAAUGGUUCAGAGUUAUGACUUAUCUUCCCUACAGAAUAUUAUGAUUGGAGCUGCUCCUGUAUAUGAAAAUGUAAUCAAUGAUUUUUCAAAGAAAUUCCCAAACGUCAUUCUUCAGCAAGGUUUCGGGCUAACUGAGGCACUUAUAACACAUAUCCAGGCUGAAGAUCCUUCAUCACAUCGACCUGGUGCAGCAGGAAAAGUUAUGUGUAAUACUCAAUGGAAGAUAUCUUGUAUUAAUACUGGUAAGGCUUUACCAGCAUUUGAAAAGGGCGAAGUUUGUCUGAAAGGACCCACCGUUAUGAAAGGUUAUCACAAGGAUGAAGAGAAAACAAAAGCAUGUUUGAGUCAAGAUAGAUGGUUAAGAACUGGUGAUUGGGGAUACCAUGAUGGGGAAGGAAGACUGUUUGUUGUUGAUCGUUUAAAUGAACUGAUAAAAUACGAAAAUGUUUUUAUUGAACCAGUUGAACUCGAGGACGUACUAACUAGCCAUGAAGAAAUCAAAGAUAGCUGUGUGAUCGGUGUUCCAAAUGAGCUCUGCGGUGAAGUACCUAUAGCAUACGUGGUGAAGCAGGAAAAUUCAACUCUUACUGAAGCAGACGUACAAAGUUUUGUGGACGGGAUUGUAUCACCCCAUAAAAAGCUCCGUGGAGGAGUAAAAUUCGUAAACAGUCUUCCUCGUUCUUCGUCUGGAAAGUUGCUAAGACAUGUCCUUAAACAUCAGUACAUGUCAUGAUGAUGUUAUUUUAGGGAGUGUAGCAAUGAUAAACGGUAAUUUUUAUGAAUAUUUGUCUUUCUGCGAUCGACUUCAAAAUAAAAGCACAUGUUUACUGCAUCGUAAGGGAUUUUUAAAGACUACCUUGAGGGAAGAAAUUAUUGCGCACGAACAAGAUUGCGGGAUUGCGAAUUUGGCCAAAAGCGAAUUUGGCCAAAAUUCGCAUUCUUUUCUUCCGGAAUUUCUAGCGAGGAGUAGCAAUUUGCAAUCUUUUCUUCCGCAAUCCCUAGAAAAAUUACGCAAUUUUUAAUCUUUUACAAUCAAAUUUUGUCGAUUUCCAUGAAAAAGACGAGUUGUUUCUGUCGUUGUUUUGCUCAAUUAUUUGCAUCAAAAGAAAUUUUUAAAGGAAUGAAACGUAAUAACCAAAAAGAUUUACAAGUGAUUUCGUGGAAAAGUUCAUGGAUCAUUGCUUUCAUUCGCAAUUUUAAAUUUCGCAAUUUCUUGACACAAUAUCACAUUAACAAUCUCUAAAUCCCCAAUUUACCAUGAAUCCGCAACCUUUAAUUUUGCAAUCUUUUCUUGGGCAAACUUUUCUUCCCCUAAGGUAAAAAGUUGCUCGAAAAAAUUCACCCCUUACAUGCAUUGAUAUUGAUAUUGUUGAAUUUCUGUAAUUUAUUUUUAUGUUUUACGUUUAUAAAUUUUUUUAAAGUACUGUUUCUAAUAGAAUAGGGGGGAUUGCUUUAAGAGGUUUAAAAAAAUUUAUAAAACCUAAAAAGGAAGUUAUUAGUAGCGCUGUUGUUUUGAGAGGCCUAGUACGGGGGUGGAAACUCGUAUCAAAAAUUAUUCGUAGGAAUAAGAAGAAAAAUAUUUGAAAAUUUAUUUAGCGGCUGGCUAUUAGCGAGAAAAAAAUUUCGUACAUAUAUCGUCUUUGUAAUUUUCUAACUUAUUUUCAUAAACGCUGCAUACCACGCUGUAUAUAUUUUUUAAAAUGAAUAUUUAAAUUACA